GGGAGGCGGGAGCAAGCUACCACGAUGCACCUUUCUGCUGUACUUUCUUUCUAAAACUUUGAAUUCAACCUGCAAUGCAGCUAAGUCUUGUAACUGCUCACUCUCUUAAUUCAUUGUAAAAAGUUUAUGCCAAAAUUAUGAACCGUCGCAAUUUUUUGUAAUCUGCAAUGCUAUCCAGUAAAAAGUUUCCCCUUAUUUAAGAUCGGGCAGAGGUGACAGAUUCAGUGGAAAUGCGGGAUCCACGCAGCGGUGUGCCAUGGUCCCUGGUUAAGAAUCGCAUGUGGGCAUAUCAGGAAAUUAUGGCGGAGGCACUGGUUGUCCUGUGGAUCAGCAGUCAAAUCUCGGUUAAAUUUGGCACAAGCGUCUUCCAGCAAUGGCAGACGGGCCGAACCGCUUCCGAUUAUCCAACCAGCCUGGAUGAUGUUCUUGAAUACUUCGGAUAUAAAUUUCGUGGAUGCGCUUUAGCGGGCAUGCUGGCGCACUGGAACGGUUCUCCCGCCAGAAAUUCGCCAUCGCCAGAAGUGACCGACAUCCUUAAGCAAAUCAGUCCUUUGCGAGCCAAUCUGGGCUAUGCCGGCGCCGUGAUCACGGUGUGCGCCACCAUCAUGCUGAGCUUAUCCAUUGCCGGUUCCCUCAUCGUCAACCGACACUGGCGGCCUCCGAAACGGACAUCGUCGCCGACGCAUCUGCGCGGUUGCGGUCGCAUUACGGCGUUCUUACUGUACCAUCUCCACAGUAACACUGGUCCCGAUAAGACGAAAGAAAAGAUCCCGGUGAAUUCCUGCUGCUCCAUACUGAGCCUGGAUCUUCUCGGUCUGGUUACUCUUAUUUGUACUCCUGUAUUGUGUAUUAUCUUCUGUACUCUGCCGGCUAUCAUUCUGCUGGCAAUUAGUCUCUUGGUGGUCGUUGCGGAGUUCGGAGCCGAAGCUGCGUAUCCGUGUUGGGUGGGAUUUGUCUGCCUGAUGAGCCUGCAUUGCACCGGCCGGCUUUGGGGAUUGUGGAUAAGUGACGGUUACACUGCCUGGAUGUGCAGAAAAAUAAGGAGGAGUUCUGCCGUUCGUGGCCCCAUCGACUCUUCAGAACCCGAAUAUUUCACAGAACCUACAGAUAGUGCAGCUUUAUUGGCUUCAGAAAAGGAAGAUUUAGAUGAUGACGAUGUUCCCGACAACGAUGAUGAUGACAGUGACUCCGACAACGAUGACAAUGAUAAUUUUCCACCCGCUCGCUGUGCAAUGGUGGUUUCCGGCACUUUGACCGUGUUAUACUAUGCAUUGGAGUUAUCUGUCAACUUUCCCAGAGUAGCUUCAUUGUUCGGAGUCAAUCAGUCUCUUCCCAUGGCUCCCUGCAUGGAAUGCUGUAUUAACGACGAGGCGAUCUUGAACCCCGGAAGCGCAAUGUUUUCGUACUGGGGCUGGGGCGAGCUUGACCGGUUCAACAACAGCCAAACCGAAUCUUUAGUCAAAUUCUCACCAUCGGGUUUCGCGCAGUUCAUCGGCGGAGUACUCUCAAUAUAUAGCAUCCUAGCAAUUUUUUACAUCCUUCUGGCAUGCAUAGGGCUGGUACUUUACGUGAUUGGCCUGGGCUUAGGUCGUGUGAUGACUUGGUUCAUGCAUGACACGGAUGGAAACGAUGGCAGGGCCGCCGAAAGCCUCGGGACACAAUUGCGAAAGACAGCAAGGAAAGUGGCUAACGAGUACCUGCGGCUGCAUACAUCAGCAUCCAUCAGCAUUUGCGUGUGCGACCGAAUGGUCAACAUUGUGGGCAGGAUUAUUAUCGUCCUCCGGCGAACGGCAUGUUGGUUGCUCCUUCCGAUACCAGUAUUACGACUCUUUCUCACAGAACGAAUGCAGCUUCCUGGAUUAAUAGCAGUUUUGACUGGCUAUCUGGUGUGGGUGUAUGGGAGCAGCAUCUAUGGCCGUGGGGCAAUUUGUGGUGAAAAAUACAGAAUCAUUGCGCAGAAGCCGUACCCACGCAGACCAUUUAUACCAAAAGAGUAUACACGGGAAGUGCCCGGCCAGACAAGAAAAGCGCCAAGUUGUCCACAUUGCGCGCACUGUCAGAUUCUGAAUCCGGAUACAACGGUUGACAACGAAGACUGAGUGCUUACUGGUUAGUUGUGCAGUGUGUCGUCCGUCCGACUUCAUCAAAUCGCUGCUUAAUGCUCGAAUUCGCAUUCGAAGGCAUGUCGAUGGACAUUUCGAGCAUGCUGAGGGUUCUACUGCAGUGAGCCCGCUGGACGCAUCCGAAUGCAACACGUACCGGACGCGCUUGCGGACUAACUGAAAAUUGCGGACUAAUGCUACGCUAUGAAUGUGAGGCUGUAGGUCCGUGAUACAUAUAGACACAGGCCAGGCUGUCAUUUGUUGUCGCAGUUUUCUGCCUCUACCGGGCCAGAUAGAUACUUUCAGUACAACUAUGUUUGCUCGGAGGCAGUCCAACCAUACACUGUAUUUUCGGUAAACUUGGCAAAAUGUGAUUACAUUAAUGGCAUAAACUACCGUAUUCCAUGCAUGCAUGUUAUCAACGUUAGCAUAUCUGGU